UCUGAUCUACCUGCGUCGUUAUCGUCGGGCCGCGCUGGCCAACAAACCAGCGCGCCCGUUUCGAUCUCGCGGGAGAAACGGCGAACAGAUUGGCGUGUGCGUGCGCUGUCAACUCUCGGCAGCACGGGCAAGCCACGCGCUGGCCCAAAGCCCGGGUCGGCCACGGCGAGCAACCACAACCAGGCGUGCGCUCCCGCCUUAUCCAGCUGAUCCCGCGCUAGACGCAGCGCAGAACUCGCCAAAUUCCGAGCAUUUCCCCGGGGCCAGCGCGCAAGCAAACCACGGAAGGCAUCCCCGUUCACGGUUCACCUCGGUCGCCGCGGCGAAGCAUUCCUCCGCAACUCACAGCGUCGCGCGCUCCUCUACCUUUCGUUUCCCCCUGCUUUUAUCCUCCCCUGCUCUCCUGGGCUCCUGGCCUCUCCCGCGCGCACCACCUGUUCGACCCAACUCCCCCAUCCUCCACCUGUCCGCCCUCCCGCCCGCCGCACCCCCCUCGCCGCUCCCAAUGGCGCCACCCGCCGCCGCGUCCGUGGCGCCGCCCUCCACCUCCGCCGCCUCCUCGGUGCUCCUGCUCCGCCGCUUCCCGUCCCCGUGCCCCGCCUCCUGCCGCAGCCCCGCUCAGCAGCCCCGCCGCGCACGCCUGCUCCUCCAGGUCGCGCUCACCAGCGAGGUGUCCUCGGACGACGUGGCGGCCGAGGAGGCCGCGGCGGCGCCAAAGAUCGGCCGGCGGGUGCGCGUCACGGCGCCGCUCCGCGUCCACCACAUCGUCAAGGCGCCCGACCUGGACAUCCAGGGCAUGGAGGGCGUCGUCAAGCAGUACGUCGGCGUCUGGAAGGGCAAGCGCAUCACGGCCAACCUCCCCUUCAAGGUCGAGUUCCAGAUCGCCGUCGAGGGGCAGCCCAAGCCCGUCCGCUUCUUCGCCCACCUCCGGGAGGACGAGUUCGAGUUCGUCGACGAGGAGUGACGGCCUGAGUAAGCGGUAGCGCCGUUCUUAUAGAAUAAUAAUCAUGGCCGCGGCGGUGGCUUGUGUAUAUUGUUGACGGCGUGCGGUGACAGGGAUGCAAAGGGGUCGUAGGAAACUCAAUUUGGAAGGCAUAUGGCAAGUUGUUUGCUUGCUUGCUUGCUGGUUGCUGCUGUGUUGUUUCUUCCUCCUUCGGUUCGACGUCUAUUUUUCAGAUGCGGGGAGUUGUUCGGAUGCUGAUGAUGAUCGAUAGUUAUAAUAGUGAUAAUUUUUGUUGCUGCUUGUUGGCUAUACUUUGUGCUUAGUUAUUUUGUUGACUGUUCCAAGAAAUUUGUUUGUCUGAUUGGUACAAUAUGCAAUUAUGCAUUGCAACU